UGUGUGAGGAGAGAGUCAAACCGGUCAGGCAAGUUUUACUUUCUUCUUAAAAUACAAACACACGCGUCCACCAUCUGUCCUGUGCUUUACUGUUGUCAGACAUUUUUAAAAGAAUACAGACGUUACAGGUUAUAUUCGGACUCACUAAACUUCAGAGGAAUCCAGUGCUGUGGCGUUUCUGAGGAGACACAGACAUAAUCCAGGAUCAUGUAGAGACAUGUUGUGCCCCGUCCCGACAAUCUGUAUCAAAACAUGAACCCAGUGUGUUCAUUGCAUUAAUGCGAAAGCAUACUGGUCCAUUCAUCUACCUCCAAGCAAGCCAGUGCCGAGAAAAAGAAACCAAGCAAGUUUUUCAUUUUUAAGGAUGUCAACUGACACUCUACAGCCCUCUCUAAGGAGAAUAACAAGGCUGGCUCCAGCUCCUGGCACACCAAGUCGCAACCUAGAGUUUGGUGGUCCGGUCAAAUCAUCUCCUGGGACACGCAAACCAAGUGCAGUGGAACGUUUGGAGGCAGACAAGGCCAAAUACGUCAAGAGCCAGCAGGUGGCUUUGAAGAAGCAGCAGCCAGUGAUUUCUUCCUCCAGCAACAGCCAGAAUGCGGCUCAACAGCCAUCCAGAAAGAUCCCUGCUAGACCCGUCAAGGCAGAGACUCCACCCCUUAACAUGGAGCAUCUCUGCAAACUGAUUGAUGGAGUUAGCGAUACCACCAACAUUCCAGUAGUUUCUUCACAAGCCAACGGCACUAGUAAAGCUCAAGAUGAUGUAGACCCAUCGAAGAACAUCUCUGCAACACUGGAGGACACUUCUGUUGGGUCAAUUUUAACAAGUCAGGGAAAGCCUGCAGUGGAAACUCCCACAAUGACGGUGCGGAGAGUUGAUGUCAGGCCGCAGUUGCCUCAAAUGAGGAUGCCUAGUAGACCACCAAUCCAGAACCGCUCAGCGACUCAACAAACAAUCCCAACACAACUCCUGCGCCUGCUCAGACCGUACACACAACCAAAUCAGCAAACAUUCGAUUUCAAAAGACUCCAUAAUGUUACAAAUGUCACCCGAGGACCUGUUAAGCCACCAAAUGGCCCUGCACUAAUCUCACCUUCUUCUAACUCUCCAUCUCUACCUUCCUCCACAAAAACAAACACAGAACCAUUAUCAUCUCCCACUCCACUUACUCCACCCGCUGUUGCUUCAUUACUUGCCAAAAAUGACUCUCAGUCCCCUCCGUCUCCAGCCUUCACUCGUCACUCCUCCACAAGCUCCAGGAAGCGUCCGUCAUUGACGCGCUCAAAAUCUGAUGUCAGUGACUGCUUUUCAAGAGCGGGGGCAGAACUUGAACGCUUCUUCAAUUAUUGUGGUCUCGACCCGUCAGAUAUUGAUGAACUUGCAAGACCAGGUUCUGACAUUGUGUCUGUUUCUCGUCUUCGUAGCGCCAGUGCUCCAGCAUCCGAGCACACAGCUGAGGGUGAAGAUGAGGAUGAAGAAGCUGCUAAAGACGACCGUCCUGCUUAUGGUGUUUCCGUCAUCGAGAGAAACGCUCGAGUGAUCAAGUGGCUUUAUGGAAUGCGUCAAGCCAAAGAGAGUCCCAAAGUGGCCAGUAUGUAACAAGCGACAAGAGACUGGGGGCUGGGACAGUAAAUCACUGUAUGGCUAAUCGAGAAAUAAUUCUGCAUCAAAUUUUCUGACUACAUUGCAAUUCUCUCUCGAAUCGAGUGUGUGCUUAUUUUUUUACCACCAGAUGGCACUGUAUGCUUUAUGAACAUCCACACUCUGCCAAUUCUUACAUAUACCAGUUGAACAUAAAAUGGUCAUUAAUAAACAUAAAGAUUUAAUGAAAAUCUUUAAAUGAAUGUGUUCGUAUUUAGCUGUUUACAGUAAUCCCAUGGAAAAGAUGUUAUGCAAGUACAUUUGACAACUAAUAGUACAUGAUCAAAAGAGUGUUGUUCUUCAGGGUCAAUAAGAGUGUAUGAUUAGAAACUAGCCUAGAACACCAUCUGCUGUUAAAACUAGCCUAUAGUCUUCUACUGUAAAAACUAGUCUAGAGCACCAUCUACUGUAGCUAGCCUAGAGCACUGGCGUCUGCUGUGAGACACUAGACUAGAUCACCUUCUUCUGUGAAACACUAACCCAGAGGGCCAUCUUCUGGUAAACACUAACCUAGAGGGCCUUCUAUGGUUAAAAAAACUAGCCUGGAGUAUCGUCUGCUGUUAAAAAAACUAGCCUUGAGUGCCUUCUGCGGUUAAAAAAAUAAAUUAGCCUAGAGCGCCCUCUGCUGUUAAAAAACUAGCCUAGAGUACCUUCUGCUAUUAAAAAAAAACUAGCCUAGAGUGUCAUCUCCUGUUAAAACAGUAGCCUAGAGUGCCACCUGCUGUUUAAACAGUAGCCUAGAGUGCCAUCUGCUGUAAAAACUAGCCUAGAAUGCAAUCUGCUGUUAAACAAUAGCCGAUAGCACCUUCUGCUGUUUUAACACUAGCCUGGAGCGCCAUCUGCUGUUUACACUAGCCUCGAGAACGUUCUGCUGUUUAAAUUCUAGCCUAGAGUGCCUUCUGCUGUUUAAACACUAGCUCAGAGCGCCAUCUGCUGUUAACAUUAGCCUAGAGCGCCUUCUGCUGUUUAAACUCUAGCCUAGAGUGCCAUCUUCUUUUAAAUUCUAGCCUAGAGCGCCUUCUGCUGUUUAAACACUAGCCUAGAGCGCCUUCUGCUGUUUAAACACUAGCCUAGAGCGCCAUCUGCUGUUAAACAUUAGCCUAGAAUGGCGUCUGCUGUUAAACAAUAGCCUAGAGCGCCUUCUCCUAUUAAAAAAACUAGCCCAGAGCAGCAUCUGCUGUUUAAACACUAGCCUAGAGCGCCACCUGCUGUUAAAAACGAGCCUAGAGCGUCUUCUGGUGUUUAAAAACUAUAGCAUAGAGCAGCAUCUGCUGUUUAAACACUAGCCUAGAGCGCCAUCUGCUGUUAAAAACCAGCCUAGAGCGCCACCUGCUGUUCCUAAACGAGCCUAGAGCACCACCUGCUGUUAAAAACUCAUCUAGAGCGCCACCUCUUGUAAAAACUAAGCUCAGAAGUGAUUCCAGAGACAAUCUAAGAAUCGAUCUAUAAACACUUUUGUCAUCCCAGCUCUAGCGACUAACAUCAACCACUAUUCAGACUGAAA